AUGUUUGUACAGCUUGCAAUCGAUACGCUCUUUCUUCGAGCUCAAGCCGUGUUCAAACCUCUCCGCUGCUUAACGAGAGUAAUCAAUACAAUGGAAUACAGCAAACGGGACCUCUCCAAACUCAGCUACUUCCACGUGCCAGGAAAAGAACCACUUCUGGGGUGGACUGUAGGAGAGGUGAUUGACCGAGCGGCAGACUCCAUCGGGGACACCACAGCCAUUGUGUCCAAUGAGCAGAACAUUAGCAAAACAUAUGCCCAGUACAGAAAAGACGUAGACCAUCUAGCUGCAGGCCUGGUGUCCCUCAAGCUUCCAGUGGGUUCGAGGGUUGCCCUAGUCUCUCCACCUCUUUACGAGGGGGCGCAGCUGCUUUAUGCGGCAUCAAAGGCGGGACUUGUUAUGGUCGGCAUCCACGCAUACUGUACGCUUUCCGAACUUGAGAUUUGCUUGAAUAAGGCCGAGUGUGCAGCUGUGAUACUUAAAGAUUCAUUUUUGAAGAAAAACUAUUUCGACAUGUUGCUUCAAAUUGCUCCGGAACUGAAGGAGUCGGCACCGGGAGACUUGAAGAGCGAAAGGCUACCGUUUUUGAAACAUGUCAUCGUGAUCGGCGACAUCCGGAAGCCGGGCUGUACGACGUUUGAUGACCUGGUGAAUUCAGCCACGGCUGAAGAUCAUGAGACCAUGUGCUCUGUUUCUGCCAAAGUUCAGUUUGACCAAGACGCGUUCAUUCAGUUUUCUUCGGGUACAACGGGGCAGCCCAAACCAGUGCGGCUGUCUCACUUCAACGUUGUCAACAACGCCAACUUGUUGGGGCGCGUCGCUCAAUACCAUCAACAGCGUGAAAUCAUCUGCCUCAACUCUGAUCUGAUCUACGGAUUCGGCAGAACUAUGGGGGUGUUGACUGCCACGAUCUUCGGUUCCACCGUGGUGAUGCCCGGUACAGUAUUCCUGCCCAAAUUGGUCCUGGAGGCCAUCGAAAAGUACAGAUGCACGACCGUCUACGGAUCACCAAGUAUGUUCUCAAAUAUUGUACGUGAGCUCGAAGAAGGAUCAUACGACGUUUCUUCCGUUAGAAAAGGAAUCGUAUCCGGGUCCUUGUGUCGUCCUGAAAUUGUGGAAAAGGCGAGAACAAAGCUCAAUGCCCAACGGUUCUACAUUAUGUACGGUGCCUCGGAGUGCAGUCCCAUCUUCAGCUGCACAAGCCCUGAUGAGCCGACGGACCGGUGGAUUCAUACGGUUGGAACACCGCUAGAUCACGUUGAGGUGAAGGUUGUUGACGCCCAAGGCAGGAUCGUUCCCGUGAACACAAAGGGAGAGUUGUGCACCCGAGGACCACACGUCUUCAAGGGCUACCUCAACGAUGACGCCAUGACAAAGGAAGCAAUUCGAGAUAACUGGUACCACACAGGGGACGAGGGGACGAUAAGUGAGGACGGUCGAAUCACAUACCUGGGCCGCAUGAAAGAAACGAUUUUUCAUGUUAGUGUGGGCGUGUCGCCGCUGGAGAUCGAGAAUCUGCUCAACACACACCUGGAUGUGGAGGAGGCGCAGGUGUUUGGAAUACCGGAAGAAAGUGUGGGAGAGCAUAUCUGUGCGUGGAUCAAACUGAAACCUGAGAAAGCCUUGACCCAAGAGGACAUCCAAGCCUUUUGUGAGGGCAAGAUCCACAGGUUUAAGAUUCCAAAAUUCGUGUUCUUCGUGGACACGUUCCCGAGGACUCAGACCGGAAAAGUUCAGAAGCACAAGAUGCGGGAGGACAGCAUGCGACUCCUCAACCUGUGA